AUGGGACCUUGGGGUGGGGAUGGUGGGACAUCCUUUGACAUCACGGAGCUGCCUCGUUCUCUUCAAACUGUGACAAUUAGAUGUGGGGACGUGAUUAACUCGGUUAUGUUUUCCUACACUGACCAAACUGGCCAGAAGAAAACUGCUGGACCAUGGGGUGGUGAUGGUGCACUUACUGCAACGAUCACACUUGCUCCUUCCGAGUUUAUAAAGCAAGUUCUUGGAACUACCGGUGCAGUUGGAGGAGAGACAAUUGUUACAUCACUUACCUUGGUCAGUAGUGUUACAACAUAUGGGCCUUUUGGAAAAGCAAACGGUACCCCUUUUAGCAGCGAGGUUCCAGAUGGUAACAACAUUGGGGGAUUCUUUCCACGUGCUGGGGGGUCUGUCAAUGCACUUGGCAUUUACGCGUGCCCAAUUUAG